CAUUGAUAAUUUUCUAAAAUCCUAUUCAGAAAAAAUGGAUCUUCGCCAGCAGGUGAUGUCCCGCAACGUGCCGCAGUUGGUCAAGCUGCUCCUAGAGGAAGGUAACCAGCCGGACUCUAGCGAGGAAGUUAACCAGCCGGACUCUAGCGAGAAAGUUAACCAGCCGAACUCUAGCGAGGAAGUUAACCAGCCGGUGGAUCCGGCCACCUUCGAGAGGUGCUUAGAUUUCGCCAACAAGCGCUUGAAGCCGUUUGCGAACGAGGAGGUCUGCCCCGAGUCCGUGUUGCAUACCAUGAACCUUUUUAUCGAGAGGUAUCGUAGCGAAUUCCUGCCCGAGUUCGGGGAAACCUUCAAGGAACUGGCCCUUGUGGUGCUGAAACAUCCGCUCUGCGUCAACCACUUCCAGAAGAAUCUGCAGUGGUGCCUCCUGGACUUUAUGCUCUCGGUGAACUACAAGGCCUUUUAUGAGGUGCGCCGCAACCGGAAAGAGAUGCUCCAGAAAAGAGAGGAAAUUUUGAUGGCCCUGGCCCUGGCUACCGAUGGCGCUGAAGUGUCGCACGUUCCCAACGGCGGUUACGCCCGAGGCUCGAUGGGAGAUUCUGGCAAGACAACAACAGAAUGGGCGGAGAAUAGUCACGCUGAAACACCAAAAAAUACGCCUCGAUUCUACAUACCUGAAGCACGGAAUUCCACCGUUCAGAAUGAAUACAAAGGCCCCAGUAUGCCGGAAGUCGGUGCCAAUCUGGAAAACGCCACCUUUAGUCUUUCCAUGGACUCACCUACGCCUCAGGGUGCGUGGGGGUCCAGUUGCAUGGCUCAGCAUCUUCAGGAGGUGUAUGUCUCGGAGGACUUCUCCACCAACGAGGCCAGGAUGAACCUGCUGAUGAACCUCACCCAGGUGGACUCCUCUCUAGAAAGACCAACAAAGGUCAACUAUUACCGGGGCACGAACGACUUGCUCACCAGGAUCUACACGCCCUGGUGGCAGGUUGACAUACACGUGCACCAGCAAUCUCGGGCUCUGCCGAGCAGCUUCUUUUACAACUACGGCGGGUGGAUGCUUAAUAAGUUGCGGGAGAGCCAGAGCUCUCUGCGCAGGAUGACUGAGGAGCACCAGCUAAUGAGGGAGCUGCUCAUCCUGUUUUUCAUCUCUAGGGACAAUAGCCAAUUCCAGAUGAAGGGCAGCGGAGUUGUAGUGCUCACUACAGGAGCCAAAACAUGUGUCGUGAGCAAACUUUUGAAAGGACCUGUCAUAGGUGAGGUUUUCAAGUAUCUGGAUCAGAUGGGCGACCUCCGACAAUUAAUAGAGACUAAUGCCACGCCGCGAGUCGGUGGUUUGAGACUGGAGACAGUAUCGUACUUCACUGUGGCGGUUCUUCGACUGCUGCGCCCAGUAAUUGAGUUUCUGGUUUACUACGAACGCCGUUUGGCAACGGGCAGGGAAGCACCCACUGUUAGGCACUUUCUAAAUAUUUCCAAGGACGCAAUGCCGAGGCUGCAGCUUCUCUCUGAAGUUCCCGAUCCGAUGGUGGUGGGCCGGCCAGCGCUGUGUGUCCUCGGACUUCUGGAUGCCCUUGCCCUAAAGUGUUCCACGCCUGGGCACAGCAAAGAGGAAAGAUCCCUGAGUGCCGCUCUGCUCCUACACUCGCUCCAGGCCUACUGUCACUUCAUAGACUGCUGGUGGACCACCGGGGAGUUCCAGGACUGGCAGGACGAGUUUCCCUUCCAGAAGCUGCAAGUCGACGGGCGAACCGAGUACGACAUAAAAAGCUGUUUACAAGAGGAGGACGUCCAUCUGGGCGGACGUCUACUUAAAGUGCUCCAGAAUCACCUGGACGAGGCCAGCCAAGCUGUGGCAAUGCUCUACGACACCCGGAGAAUGGGUGACUUCAUUUCGCUGCACGGCAGUAAAUUCAAGGUGUCACUCCACAACUUCCUGAUGGAAGCCGUGCUUAAAGAAUUGCUUCCUUACCAGACGGAUCAGGUGAUGGAAAACAACUAUGCACCAGAUAUAUUGCAGCAGCAGAAGUACGAAGAGGAGAAGAUAGUUCGGCGCUUGUUUUAUGCCUUUCACAUAGAGACGAGGCCCGAUCCCCGACACCCAGCCAGGUGUUCUGUGGAGGAGCUGGUCAAGAACUUCAACUCCUGUGUGGAGUACACGCCAAUCGAGGAGAUUAUUUGGGAUCAGUUGGCAGUCGGCCUGAGGAGACGCAGUAUUAUGGCCAACUCUUAUGUGACCCAUGUGGUCAUGACGGAGCUGAAGCUUCCCAAGGCUGUAAACCACCUCAGGUCCGUCUACACUCUGGAAAAAUACGACCUCUUACGCAGGAAAUUUGAGGAUUUCUUCGGAUUACUGUCGAAGAAAAGUGUGGAAAAAGCUAAAAAGAAGAUGAAGGCGAUUGUAGAUUCUCAGGACCCCAACCUGGCCAAUCUAUUCCAUGUGAACCUUGAGGGGUCUCAUCCUAACUUCCUUACCGUGUCUGUGGGCUUUGAUAUUUUUCUCAACCAGGUGAUGCCCCAGGUACACUUCAAUCAACUGAACUCCUGCUUUCGGUUGAUUCUUAGCAUUCACUGGACCCUUUAUAGGCUGAAGAGACUACCUCCACUGAAGAUCAGCCGAUUUGUAGAUUUGGAGGUGGCACUCCUGGUCCUCCGAAACUCUUUGGAAAAAGCUCUCGAGGAACAGCUCAAGGGAUCGGGAAAAGUCAAGCGGCUCGAGGAAAUCCUUUAUCAGAGUGAAGAACUCCAGAAAAAAUGCACGAUCCGCGAACUCAGACAGGCGCAGGAGUGGUUCCUUCGGCAAGUAGGCCAUGUAGUCAGUGAGGUGAUGUCCAAGGGAAAUUUUGCCAGCAGGAUGGAGGAGUUUUUGGGUUUUUGCGAAGUCUUGUACAGCUUGUGGAUGAAGGCCUGGUCUGUCCUCAACAAUACUGAAGUUCAAAAGCCAAGGACCACUUGUGAGAUUAAGUUCGAAUGGCUAAGGUUCUUCUACCUCCAGAGGAUCCACAAGCACUGCAAGGUAAUGGCCUCCCACCUCGGCGUGAAGUUAAUUCACUUUUCCUAAAUGGAAUAUAUUUAUUAUAUUAUUCUA